CCCCAGUCGCUCAGAGCUUGCCACGUUAUAACGUUGUGUUGUAAACGUGUCUCUACGAAAAAGGCUAGAGCACUGAUCAUGUCUGAAAUUUUAGAAAAUUUCGAGGCGAAAGCCAAGUUUCAAGACGAAAGCGAAGCCGAAUUGAUACGAGACAAACUGGAAACACUCAUCAACAACAUCUUGGCAGAUGUAGGAAAGCGUGAUCCAAGAUUUCAGAACACAUUGGUCAAAAGCGGAAGUGUCUACGAAGAAACGAAAGUUUGCCAGCCGAAUGAAUUCGACUUCAUGGUAAAGAUAACCCCUCUUACAGACAAACCAUUAAUCUUGCAGAGCUCCUGUGCGAAGAAUGACGGCUACGUGCAGCUAUUUCUUGAGAAAGAUCACUGGAAAGACUUCAGAGAUAGAAAAGGUUACUUCAGCCCUUACUUGCUUUCCCGACACUUCAAAAAACUCAUCAUGGAAUCAAUAGAUAAAGUGGAAACUCCUGAAGGCUUGAGCAUCUACAGAGCUCCCCAGGACGAGUCGGAGGGACGUUUGUGGCUCCUUUUUCGUGGAAUACUAUGUGACAGUGGCAAGGAAAACUCAUCUGGUGUCACAUACUCCGAAACGCAUGGGCCAUCGACGACGCUUGAUAUUCACUGGAAAGGGGGUACAACUUAUAACAACUUGAAAGUGAAUGUCGACUUGACACCGGCUCUGGACUUUCCCAUAUCCAAGCUUCCCGUUCAGCUCUUAACUGAUCUACGCCUCGAAGUGCAGCAAAAGGUACAAGGGAUUCUCCAGAAGACCGGAUUCCAUGUCGUUCCUGCUGGGUUUGACGAGUGGCGCAUCUCGUUUUCUGUGGCCGAGAAAGAAAUUCUGGCCACUUCUCCUGACGGUUUCAAAGCAUGUUACAAAGUCCUGAAAGUCUUACGAGAUGAUGUGUCUAUGAAGCUGGGAUUGAGAGACUCCUUGGUACCAUCGUACAUGUUUAAGACUGUCCUUCUGUCCCAGUUGUUUACCAAAGAUGACCAUGCCUGGGCGAAGGAGUUUCGAUCUCAAACGAUCAUCGAUGUUUUAGAGCUUAUUUUGCAAGGAAUAAAGCAAGAAAACCUUCGAAAUUUCUUCAUGCCCUCAUCUCUGCUACUAUCCAAGGCACAUGAUAACGAAUUGCGGAGAUGUCUCUUAGAAGACAUGCUGAACGAAGUGAAGGGUUCCAAAUUGGCCCACUCACUGAUGGACGUUGAAGAGAAAAAACAACAGGUGAAGAUUUUGCAACUAAUUGAGCUGCUGGAGUACAUAUUUUCUUGCCUUAAAGGCGGAAAGAAUCCAACUGAUGCUUGGAAAAUGAUGUUUGCCAAUAUUGGCAGCGUUCCUGGAUACCGCACCUCUUCAGAAAAAUUCGACGUCAGUUGGAUCGAUAUUAUUGACGUGACCGUCACAGAACUUCGCCCAGCCGCCUACAGGAAUUUAAAGAAGAUAUCGUACAUUUUGGAAGUCUUUGUGCCGCUUUUCCUUGCCACUCUUCAAGGUGAGGAAAAGCAAUUAGCUCAAAAAUACCAUUUCUUUGUCUUAGAGAAAAAGAAGAAAUUCGAAGCUGAGCAGCCACACCUGUCUAAAGAGGAAGUCCGACAGAUAGGCAUAUGUGAAUUUGUAAGCGACUGGAUUUUUGUACACAUCGUUGAAAAAUACUUGGAGGAAGAUAAUACGACUUUGUCAAAUACACACAAAAUACUUCCUCCUGAAUUCUGUCUGUCAGAAGACAGUCCUUUCCGUGCAAUUGCAGACAUAACCAUGGAAAAAGGCAGCAAGGAAGGCCUGGCUCUCUUCGAGAAAGUUCUCAACAAGUACCUAUCAGGGAUUCAAGAAAUCGUAAUAAUGAUGGCCGCUGUUUAUUUUAUCAAGGACAUGUUCUUACAUGCAAAGGUAGCACUGAAACUCAAACUUGAUCAUAUCACUAUUCCAGAGCAAAAGCCUAUCACCUGUCCAGAGCUAGAUUUGGACUAAGCUGAUGUUAUUAAAAUAUCUCUUCCCUCGGCAAGGGGCAAGGUAGUGCUGAAGAAAAAUCCGAGUGUUCUAAUUGGUUCUUACUUGGUCCGUAUUUUUCCAUACGGGCCGUUUCCACGGAAACGGCCAUAAGCCGUGCGCGGUUAGUCCGCCUACUACACUCUAUAUAUUUAGGCAAAUUUAUAAUCUUUUAAUCGUAAUUUUCUGAUUACGGCCCAAAUAUUUCCAAACAAUUUACAAUGCUUUGUCUCACUACCUCGAGACUUAAAGUAGUUGUCUUUAGGCUAUACGCAAGCAUUUUUCCCUCCAGGCGUGAGGAUGCAACAAACUUGCUGCAGUCGUAGAUAAAUUGUAAUAUGUUUUUGGAAAAUGAGCACUUUUAAUAGCCUUUUUUGAAGGUUUACUAUUGUUCAUCUGUUGUCACGACACGCUGCAUCAUGGACUAAGCUGACCACACGUUUGUUUGUUUGUGGUGAUUAGACUUUUGAUUUUGUUUUUGUUUUCUGCUUGAUAAAGGGAGGAGGAUCCAGCAAACCUGGAAAGAGUUUAAAGAGUGUGUCAAAAAAGAACAUUUUUGUCCCCCCAGAAUCAGUGCUCAUUUGUUUAGGAAAGGGUUAAGGCUCUGAGGCAGAGGACAGUGCUGCGACUUGUCAUAGAUAUCCUGGUUCACUGAGACCUUUGAAAUUUCAAUAUUUACAAGUUUUGUAUCUAAGGACUGCAUAUAUGCCAUAUGAGGGGGCCGUUGGGAUUUUCGGUUUUGGUGUCCGUUGCCGUUUCCGGGUUUUCAGUUUUUUAACAUCCGUUUUUCGGUUUUUCGCAAAAAUACAAGUUUUUUUUUUUACAAAGUUUGUCGGUUUCGGGUAAUUUUUUGAGCGGUUUAUCGGUUUUUCAUAGACCCCAACACCCCCUCAUCUAUAAUACGUGAAACAAAGAUGACGUGACUUUCCGUGUCGUGAUAGUCUCAAGAAGGACAACGAUGGUAUCACAAAUUCCUCAUGCAUUGAGUGCUCAGAGACACACGACAAUUAAAAUUACCAUGUUUUCCAUGCGCGGCAGCAGGAGCCGAUUACUAAUCGGCUCCUGGCGACAGCUUCCAAGGUCACGAUUUGGGAUUGUUAUGCCGUCAAUUGCAAACCAAAAUUUAACAAAUAGAUUCCAUGUUUUCGUACAUCUGUUCAGAAAUAGAUCACAGAUGGUACAUCUGUUUGCUUGCGUUUUGCCUGUCUACAUGCCCAUAAGCCAGCGGUCUUGUGUGUGUGAAUUG